AUGCCCAGGCCUGUCAGAGCCCAAGACAGCCACUGGGGCUGCCCCAACCGCAGGCCGGAAGGAGGCGUUCCCCACUUGCCCUGGGCAGGACCUGGCCCCAUUGAGUGCAGGGACAUCCGGGGGAAGAAGGCGCCACCACCAGGUGGUGCGCGAGCCCUGUGGACCCGGAGUGGUUGCCACCACGUGACCCAAGGGAGCACCGCCACAAGCUCUGGCACGUGCCCCUGGGAGCCCUGCAGCACCACGAGCAGAUUGGUCCCGAUGGUCCUGGACCGAAGAGGGAACCAGAACGGUGUCAAGACAGGACUCAGGGUCCACAGGCAUCAGGGAGCCAAAAUCCGGGGCCUCAGCAUAUUCUUUCUCGGCAUUCAGAGUCCGCCGGCACGCACUCGCUUCCACCUGCCGCGCCGUCGGGAGCCGGGAGGAGGCGGGGACCCGCCGCCCCAGCCAAUGAGCGACGCCGGCGCUGGCAGCUGCCGCUAUAAAGGGCUGGGGGCGGCGGCGGUGCGACCCAGAGCGCGGAGCGCGCAGCGCGGGCCGGACCGAGGGCCCGCCGCAGAAGGUAGAGCUGCCGAGAUCUUAGUAGGGAAGGGCGACCUCUCCGGGCCCCGCGGGGCCGCGCACUGGGCGUCCUCCACCGCGCGCCCGCUCCCUCCAUCCACCUGCCGCCGGGGACCCGGCCGUCGGCGCGCGCAUCCCCAGGCUCGGGUCCGUUCCCGGCCCUCGAGGGCGCCGCCGCCUCCAUCUCCGCCUCUGCAGCCACCGGGCGCCCCCCCAGGAGUGCACGACCCCCGGAGCCGCCCUCGAUACGGACCGCGCCCACCGGGCACACAAGAAUGGUCACUCAGAUACUGGGGGCCAUGGAGUCUCAGGUUGGGGGGGGGGCCGGCCGGCCCGGCCCUGCCCAACGGGCCACUCCUCGGGACAAACGGAGCCACUGAUGAUAGCAAGACCAACCUCAUCGUCAACUACCUACCCCAGAACAUGACACAGGACGAGUUCAAGAGUCUCUUUGGCAGCAUCGGGGACAUUGAAUCCUGCAAGUUGGUCCGGGACAAGAUCACAGGGCAGAGCCUGGGGUAUGGGUUUGUGAACUAUUCUGACCCCAAUGAUGCAGACAAAGCCAUCAACACCCUCAACGGCCUCAAAUUGCAGACAAAGACUAUCAAGGUGUCCUAUGCACGCCCCAGUUCCGCCUCUAUCCGGGAUGCUAACCUGUACGUCAGCGGCCUCCCCAAGACCAUGAGCCAGAAGGAGAUGGAACAACUCUUCUCCCAGUAUGGUCGGAUCAUCACCUCCAGAAUCCUGUUGGACCAGGCCACAGGUGUCUCUCGGGGUGUGGGAUUCAUCCGCUUUGACAAGAGGAUCGAGGCGGAGGAAGCCAUCAAGGGGCUGAAUGGACAGAAACCACUGGGCGCAGCCGAGCCAAUCACUGUCAAAUUCGCAAACAACCCGAGUCAGAAGACAGGCCAGGCCCUGCUCACGCACCUGUACCAGUCCUCUGCCCGGCGCUAUGCGGGCCCCCUGCAUCAUCAGACACAGCGCUUCCGGCUGGACAAUUUGCUCAACAUGGCCUAUGGAGUCAAAAGGUUUUCCCCAAUCGCCAUCGACGGCAUGAGCGGCCUGGCUGGUGUGGGCUUGUCUGGAGGCGCUGCGGGCGCCGGCUGGUGCAUCUUCGUGUACAACCUGUCCCCGGAGGCCGAUGAGAGUGUGCUGUGGCAGCUUUUCGGACCCUUUGGGGCAGUCACCAACGUCAAGGUCAUCCGAGAUUUCACCACCAACAAGUGCAAGGGCUUCGGCUUUGUCACUAUGACCAAUUACGAUGAGGCGGCCAUGGCCAUCGCCAGCCUGAACGGCUACCGCCUGGGCGAGCGCGUGCUGCAGGUGUCCUUCAAGACCAGCAAGCAACAUAAGGCCUGAAAGGUCGCAGCCCUCCCUCCCCAGGCAGCAGAGAGAGAGAGGGAGAGAGAGAGGGAGAGAGAGUGAGGAAGAGAGAGAGAGCGUGAUUGCAAAAGCAGGAAGACCCACACGCCUGCAAAAAAACAAAAACAAAACAAAACCGCCACAGGGUGAGCAUGGGGAUGGGGAGGGUCUGCAGGGGCGAGGGGGAGGGCCCCACCCUGUCCUCCCUGCUUUCCCCACCCAGCUGGGGCCUGUUCACUCUCUCGUCUUGGUUUGGUUCAUGGUGAUGGCUUUUGUUUCUUUUUUUGGCUAAAAUCAAAAAGAAGAAAGCAGAGAGGAGACCCCCCAUCCCACCUCCCCCUCACCACCCUGCAUGGGUUGGCUCAAGGGACACAGCAGUGCCCCAGCCAGGCCUCCCUUGCCCAGGCCUGUCCUAUACCGCAAGAAAGGGGAGGGAGCAGGUUUAAAAAUCCCCCAAACAGCAAAAAACAUGAAAGAGGGGUGUGGGCAUCCCCAUCCCCCGCCCCAGUCCCCUGGGCAGAAAACAGGGAGCAGGGUUGGGGCAGGGCAGGAAGCAGAAACAAAAUGAAAAAAAAGGGGGGGGGGGGGGGGGAGGGAAGAAAAUCUCUAUUUUUGUAAAAAGGGAAAAAGACCUCGUGGAGAAUUUUUACUGGGGAUUCUUGAACUUGAAAAAAAAAUCACAAAAAAAAAGACAAAAAAAAAAAAAGAAACUAUUUUGGCAAGUUAUGUUUACCAACUAACUGGGGCAGAGGGCACAGGGAGCAGGCUGAAGGGUUGGAAGUCUACAGGGCCGCCAGUACAUACACACACACACACACACACACACACACACACACACACACA